UUUUUUCACCAACUUCUUUGGUGAAAUGACGCCGUUUUCUUGUUACUUAAGGACUUCAGUGGUGAAAUGUUCACAUUUUUACCAAGACGAUGAGUAAAUUUAAAGAUUAGGGCUCGCUGGACAUGUCUGCUGUCGAGAGGAGAGGAGCUCCAGAGCCACACUGGGAAAACAAACCUUCCAGAAAUCAAGAUUUCAAGCAUCCCCGGAGGCUUCUGGCUCGGCCCAGGCAUCCCGUCAGCAGGAGCACCUGGCUGCCUGACGGCUCCCGCUCAGCACACCACGCUCACAGGAGCCCUGUUUAUGUGUCAUUUGUCAGCAAGGCCAUCUUGUGGGAUCGGGGUCUCUGCCACUACAGUCCACACGAUCGUCCAAAUCAUCGUCCCUUAUUGUGUCCACGGUUCUUGUCUCACAUGAAAGCUCGUCCUGAGGACCUCAGACCUCCUUGUUUCCUGAACUCCAAGUCCAGACCACAGCCUCCAUCUCAGGGGAAGACGCCAACAACACACACUCUCGCUGCCCCGAAGACACAGACUCUGGAGGGUGACUUCCAUCGCAGUCCAGACAGAAGAGCAAAUCGUGUGCAGAUCACAGGAAGGCGCUCUGCUGUUGUUGUUCCCUGCCUUCCACUCCCUACUACUGCUCCACCACCAUCCACCAUUAAUCCAACACCUCCCCACCAAAACACCCUCCACCCUGACUUUGAGAGACAACAAAGCAAGCUGGACACUGCGCCAGCUUCUCCCUCCCGUCCUCAUCCUGCUCCAGAGGAAGAAGAUGAAGUUACGGAGAGGGAGCGAGCACCACAACCUGCUGUGGUGUCCAUCACAGAGUCAGAUUGGACGCUGCAUCUUGAGCCUGCUGGACCAGAAUGCUCACCGCCGCCGGCCUCCACAGUCUCACACGGGUCUCUUUCAGAUUUAAGUCGUCCACCAUCCAGCCUGUUCAGCCGCAGCACUGACCUCGCUAGCGGCAGGAGCAGUGUCCUGUCUGAUGCAGAUAUCGGGGACUCAGACCCAGAAGGCAACGUUUGUCUCUCGCCAUUCCAGCCUUGUCCAGUGAUGCAUUCACCUUUGGCUUCCUCCCCUUCAGUAGGACCCAACCUUCACCAAUCAUUCGUGAAUGCUAAGACCACCCCUCGACUUUGUGAACCCCUGUAUGGUCAAACCAAACCCCUCUCACCUCGCCCAACAUCAGGCAUCCUCCCUCAGACAGAUAAACCUCAGAGCAGGUGUGACAGCACAAAAACAACAGAGAAUCUCCUCCAAGAUGAAUCUGCAGAUCCUGGUCUCCACCCAUCCUCGUACCCAGAUCGUGGCCUCAUUACCCUGGCAUUCCCCUCUGCUACUUGGUCUUCCUGCCCAAGUCCACGGAGCGCCACUUGUCGUUCAGGGUCAGGAGCAAAGCUGACCCCUUCUGCAUCAGUGACUCGGCUGGAGUCUCAUCGCUGGCCUGUCCUGCCUCCUAUCUCCCCUGUCAGAGGACGCUGCGACACAGCAGCAUCACGCUGCUCGGAGCUCAGCUGCAGUCAGUCUCAUGUGUUUGAUGAACUGGAGGCCAUCGCCCCUCGAUCUGCUUCCUGUCCGUCUCUGGAUCAGCCGUCAGAUUCAUCUGGUAGCCCGUCACCUGACACAGAGCUGUCUCCAGGCCUGGCAGCGCUGACAGUGGGCUGUGACUCUGGGAAUCUGGGCUCCCUGUCCCGCGUCCAACUGCUCCUCCUGGAUCGACUGGAGCCAGACACCGUGCCGAGUCCCUUCGAUCAGGACGAGGAGCUCUCACCAGAGCAGGACUGGUCUGAUCUGAGGAUGCCGUAUGAUGCAGGCUCAACUGCAGCAGGUGUUCUGAGGCCCCUCACAGCUGGCAGCAUCUCUGAAAGGUGCAACUCUGCAGGGAAAGUCCAGGAGAACAAAUCGGAUGAGUCUGAAGGAGGUUCUGGGUCACCAUCUUCAUGGAUCAUAGACCAGAGUCCAUCAUACAACAUGUUCAGAUCAGAUUCUCCCUGCGUGUCCAAUCACGGUUCCAGCACAGAUGAAGGGAGCCCAACUGAAGAUGGUUAUCCAGGAUGGAGGGACCGAGAGGAGUCCUCAGCUGGAGGCACAGGGCCCGAGAGUUUUGACCACAAAGCUGAAGAGAAGGACAGAAGGAUGGAGGAGAGGAAAACGAAGGUGCUGAACAUGCUCUCCAAACUGCAGGACAACACGCCUCGUCAGCCAAAAGGCAGCAAAGGUCGCUCCAACUUCGAAGACUUCGACUUUUUGGCAAAGUACUGCAUUUUCAGUCAGGAGAGGCUGGCUGAGUACAAAAGAGCUUUUGAAGCAGAGGAUGGUGAUGGUGACGGCUACCUCUCGUGCCUUCAGGCUCUACUUGCUCUUAAAAACAUCAUCCCUGCAGAGCUGCUGUCGGACGAAGAAGAGAUCUACGUCUAUCGGAUCCUGGAGAUGGUGGACUUCAGAGUGACAGAUGGUCUCGUGGACCUGAGGCUCUUUGCAGUGAUCGCCAGCCUGGCACAGAAAAUAGCCACCAUGGAUGACUUCAUGCGAUCAUUGAUCACCAACAUGGACCUCCGCUCAUUAGAAGUCAGGCUCUUCAAAGCAAAGCAACUGUUCCUGUUCCUCCUGGAGGAGCAGCGAGGAGACGCUGGAGCUCAGCAGGGCUUCAUCAGCGCAGAGCAGCUGCUUCUGGAGCUGAAGGCCGGGGGAAUCCAUCUGGAGCAGGAGGCUGCGAUCAGACUGGAGCUGCAGCACAUGCCUCCCCUGGACCUGCUGGACUUCCUGGCCUACCUGCCGCUCUUCAUGCUCAUUCACAAGUCGGUCAUCGCCAACCCUCUCAACGACUCCAGCAACCUCUGACCUCAGUCACUGCACUGUGUGGCUCAGGUAUCAGCAUCACUGCCACCACUAUUAUCAGUACUGUACUGACAACUUGUCACCCAUUCAUGAUCCCAGGCACACAAGCACUAAAAUGGUGAGAUUUAUUGACAUUGUGUGAAUGCAGCAUAAAUCUGAGUGAUUCACCAGUUUGUGCAGACACCAGUCCGUCCUGUCAGUGCUGACCUUUGAGGAUGUGGACCGACUGAUGUGUUUGGCUAGCGCCUUACAUUUUCCUUAUCUUCACCAAACUCAAUUCCUCCAUCUUGGCUCUUGCAGGGUGGAUGUUCCAGGUAUUUUUCUAACACGACCUGUUUCUCUUAAAAUACUACAACUGUAGCUCGUGGGAUAUCCGUCAGCUUUGGAAGUAGUGCCAGGUUAUUGCAAGCUAAUUAGCCGGUCAUGCUAACAUUAGCAGUUUAAUUCACUCCUUCUUGUGUUGAGCCCAGUGUUCCCAGUAACUACUGCCAAGAAGCUGUUUCAGGCAGAAUUUAGCAAGCACAAGAAAUUAUUUUUUCAAUUGUCAAAUAUCAAUUGUAUUAAACAAAUCUGGUCUUAAAGCUGGAGUGCGAAACUUUUGUCUCCUCCCUCUGACACGUACCAUAUGCCUGCAGGUGAGCUUGCGCAUCUCCCCGGGUCCCAAGAGAGCUCUCUUGAUGUCUUUUUUGUUUUAUUCAAUCCUUCCUUGGAACACCAAGUUUCUUUUUCAUCUGGAGCAUCUUUCCAGGAAACUUUACUUGGAAGCUUCUUAAGUGCAACACACACUGCCGCCGGUGCGGCGCUGUGGUCGUCAAGUGCCGCCCCCCAACACACAUUGGCAGCGGCGCACAGCGGCACCUUCGACACUAAAGUGUAUUUCCUACCCCGGCCCGCUAGGUGGCUGUACCUACACUAGUUGCCAACGGUUGCCAACUGCUAGUAACAGAAGAAGAAGAGGAAAAACUUUGAGGCAACAACAACUUGGAUUUCACGGGUGAGUUUCUUAUCAAAAUCGUCUUAGGCCCCGUUUAUACGACAACGAUUUCAACUGAAAACGGUAAACUUUAGUUGCGUUUUGGCCGAUCGUUUACACGACAGCUGCAAUUUGGGUGAGUUUUGAAAACGGGUUCCAGAGUGCAACUUUUUGGAAACAGCAGCGUCUCCGUUGUCAUGUAAACUUGCAAUAUGCAGUUCCUCUGAAAAUGGAGACUUUUUGCACAUGUGCAUUACAGUUCCAGUCACUAGGCAUGCGCGAGAAAGUUGAUCGUCACAACAACAAUGCCGAGCUCUGUUUGUGCUGCUCACCCUGUUGAUUUGAAGUGAAGUGUAGAUCUGUUACUAUAGCAACUCCACCUCGUCGUCCAUCCAGACAAAGUUAUCUGUGCAUGCUUUCGCCAUUGUGUCUUCUUUGCUUUGGUUUGCAACACCACGGCAUGACGCCAUGAGUGUUGCUUUGCAAAUUUACACUGCCACCCAUUGGCCUGGCGUGCAUACUACAGUGUUUCCAGUAGAUUUUGCGGCUCCGUGUUAUCGGUUCAAUAACGUCGUCAUAUAAACGCAGAAGUUUUUUAAAACGCAAAGGUCAGACUUUUCCAUUUUUAGAGAAACCGUUGUCGUCUAAACAGGGCCUUAUUAAAAAUUUGAGGCAACCGGAGUUGAUACUACGGCGGCCGAGACGUACAUAAAAGGCUUUUCUCGCAGCACCGGCCGUGCUGGAAAUAGAGCAGUGGGCUAAAGCAGAGCGGGGCAGCACGUCAGCUGGCGCCAGUGUGGGUUUGUUCAUAGAAUAUAAUGGAGGCGGGCGUUUUGACGCAUGGCGUAUGGCAGCGGUGUGUGUUGCACUUUAGGAUUUUCCUGCUGUAGCUUCCGUUAUACCAGUGGUUCCCAACUUUUCCAGUCCAGAUUUUGGGGUCCAGAUUUCUCAUUAUACAUUAGUUCAAGGUCCACUCAGUUUAAUAUAUUCACCAUCAUACUUGCGUUUGGCCACAUCAUCGAACUAGUUUGCUGUGUUUGUCAGUUGGUUGUCCGUUAGUCACUCACUCUACAGCAGGAAACAGCACUUCAGAAUAAAAGAUAUGUACCAGAAAUUCACUGUACUUCCACUCUCUCUCUGUCUCCCCAUUUCACUCUCUGUGCUGUCAUUAAAGGCAGAAAGCCCACAAAAAUAAUCUUAAAAAAAAAAAAAAAAAUGGCCAUGAGCAGCGCUAUGACCCCAAAUUCAACUUCUUCUUCUUCUUCUUCUUCUUCUUCUGUCUCUAUGAACUACAGUGUGUAUUUAAUGCCUCUUAUAACCCCUUCCUCUUACACACUGUGCUCUGAUGAAAACAUACAGAUGACAUUUUGUGCUCUUGCUAGAGACUUCAAAUGAACUUUGAUAUUUUAAUCAUUGAUUGGAUAAUAAUAGAAACCCUAGAAGGAAAGGCAAUGUUAAACAGGCCUCUAUUGUUUCUGCAACAUGACAUUUCAUAGAGCUGUUUAGUGCUGUCUAUGGUCCUGAAAUGUUCUGCAGCAGUAGACGCUGA